UCCAGAGAAUGUAAAAUUGUGCAAUACGAGAAAAACCAAUCCAAAAUGGCCAAACAAUUUUCAUCUUUCUCUAUACCCAUCAUCAUCAUCUUCCUCGUCCUGCUAACUUGGCGUGGUCACAGUCGCCAAAUCUCGAUACAGAACGAUGAGUCCAUGCUGUCUGAUGGAGUUACUGAUGGCAAUCACCAUCAGCAGCAGAGCUCUCUAAUCCAGAUGCCUUCUUCAUCUGGCAGCAGAAACGCGGCUGGCUGCCACGAGACGUAUGGGUUCUUGCCCUGUACUCAAACCGUGUUUGGGAACGUUUUCUUGAUUGUUGUUUACGGGUACCUGAUGUUCUUGGCUGCCAAGUUGUUAUCUGCUGGAAGUGAGGUUCUUCUGCAAAUACUCGGUCCGGGAAUCGUUGGUGGUCUCUUCUUGCCAGUGCUUGGCUCUCUCCCUGAUGCUGCUAUUAUACUUGCAUCUGGAUUGGCAGGAAGCAAAGUGGCAGCACAAAGUCAGGUCUCAGUUGGGAUGGGGCUAAUGGCUGGAUCAAACGUAAUGCUUCUCACAGUGCUAUGGGGAUCAUGCUUGAUAGUUGGCAAACAGGAUAUUACACCUUCGAUGUCGACAGCUUCAGGAAAUCCUAGAACACUUAGCCUGACAGAAUUAGGAGUUGCUACGGAUAUCUGGACCUGCUAUGGUGCCAGAAUCAUGCUCAUUUCACUCCUGCCAUUCAUAAUCGUCCAGCUUCCACAAGUUUUCAAUGCACAGAAUGGCAAUAAUAUUGCAGUUGUGGUUUCCCUCGUUGUCGCCAUAUGUAUGUUGAUAAGCUACAGCCUCUACCAGGUUUUCCAGCCCUGGAUUCAGAAAAGAAAGAUAGCAUAUUCAAAGCAUAAGCACUUAAUAUCAGGGGUUCUAAAGCAGUUGAAAGAAAGGACAUUGGGAAGGCUGUUCAUGGAUAAUGGUCACCCCAACACAGAUGCGAUUCAAAAGUUAUUCGCGAUAAUGGAUGAGAACUCGGAUGGGUAUCUAACAGCAAAUGAGCUGAGAGCACUAGUGAUAGGAAUACAGCUCGAGGAAAGACACACCGAUAUCGAUGAUGCAGUGUAUCACGUCCUCAAGGAAUUCGACACAUCUCAUGACUCGCUCAUUGACAAGGAUGAAUUCACAAAAGGAGUAUCGAAAUGGCUCGAGAAGGCCAAGAAUUCGGCAAUGUAUGGGCAUAGGUCACAGACAUUAAAACUUCUGCUCGACUUUGAAGAGUGCACCAAGAACGAAGAGGGGAUUCUAGGAGGGGGAAACGAGGGUAGCAAUAGUACUCCUCCUGAAAACAUGCUGUGGGACACUGCUAAAGCAGGAUUGAUCUUGCUCUCGGGGACAUUCAUCGCUGCAUUGGUUGCUGAGCCUCUGGUUGAUGCUGUCAACAACUUCUCCACCGCUUCGAGGAUCCCUCCAUUUUUCGUAUCGUUUGUCAUCCUGCCUUUCGCUAGCUCCAGCGAGAUUGUCUCUGUCCUGAUCUUUGCCAGUAAGAAGAACAUGAGAGCUGCAUCCUUAGCAUACUCCGAGAUAUAUGGAUCGGUGACAAUGAGCAACCUUCUAUCACUGUCAGUUUUUCUGAGUCUUGUCUACUAUCGAGACCUCGAGUGGAACUUCUCAGCUCAAGUGCUGAUAAUCCUCGUUGUCUGCAUCACAAUGGGUCUCCUCGCUAGCUUCCGCACCAAGUUCCCUCUUUGGUUGUCCAUGGUGGCUUUCGGAUUGUACCCAGUUUCCCUAUUGCUUGCUUAUGUCCUUGAUUAUGUCGUUGGAUGGGCCUAAAACCUCUGCAUAUACAUGCACUGCAAGGUGCCACUUUCGAUCCCACAAACACUUUGUACAGGAGAAAACUUCCUGGCACGUUUCGAUCUGCAGACUUUUGUAUAGUGAAAUCAUCCAUGGAAACUGAAUCCAAUCCAACAAACAACAGACUUGACUGGAAAAAAGAAGAAAUGAGCAAUACAUCGAUCCUUGGACAUGAGAAAACAAAGAAAAGAACCUCAAGAAAGUGUUGCUACAUGU